UGGUAUUAGAAAAUUUACUAGGAAUUACAGACAUACAUCUUUGACAAAGAUUAAACUAAUAAUUUUUAAAGACCCAGAAACAGAAAAGGUCAGUACAUAUUAUAAUUUGGUGUCUUGUUGAACGAAUUGCUUGAUAAUUAUAACCAUUUUUAUAAUAUUAUAGACACGUCUGAAUAUGUCUAGUGGUUUUCACAGAUUUUUCCUUUCAAUCAAUGGCACCACUCGAGUUGGUGUCAUCCAGCAAAGCAAGGUCAUAAAAAUUAAAACGUCACUGCUCAAACAUUUCUUUCCUGGUCACCAAAUAAUCUAACAAAUAUCCGUUCAACAAAAACAUCCUUCUCCAUAUUGUUUUGAAAUUGGAAAACUGCAAAACACAUCUCGAAGCUUUGGCUGCCCCAUCAUGGUUAAUCGAAAAUAAAUCUUUGAAUGUUUCAGUUCUAAAACGUUCCCAUUGACACGAUGUCGCUGAUACAACCAUCAUGAGAAAUGGGUAUAGGCUUAAAGAAAGUAUUAAGAGAUAAUCAGUAGGUCUCUUUGAGCUACGACUUUUAAAAUGUUGAACUUUUCCACCCUUUGGCUUUGUCGAGAUAAAUAAUCUACUUCUGCUCACGUGCCGAUCGAUCUUUGGUUUUUCAAUUAAAAGCUCACCUUCUUUGGAGAAAGCAAUGAAAUAGUAGAACAAGGUAUGUUAAAGCUUAAAGCAAUGGACAGGUCAACAAGAUAUGCACGUUUCGGCUUACAGCUUUCUUUAGCAAACAGGACCCAUGAAAAUACAACAAGAAACAGAGCACAGUAAGAAAAAAAACUGGAUGAUCUUUUGUUGUUACAGGAAGUAAGAUUACGGGAAAUGAAAGAAUAUAAAUAUAGGUACUGUGAAAAUUGAGGUCCAGAAUUUUAGCGGCCCAAAAUAUUAAAGGAUACAUACAAUCUAAGCAAGAAAAAAGUAGAAAUACAGAGAAAUUGAGAUACAUUUGUGGAUAGUAUUUGAAUAAUACCAUAUGGAGAUAUGGGGUCGAAAAGAUAAAUAAAUUUGUUUACCAUUUUAACCCUAUCUGGUGUGUUGGUACAAGAAAUCAGUGCAGUAAUGGAUACAUUUAGGCCGAGAAGGUCAUACCGUGCUGCCCCGUCUAUUGAUUCAAGCUUCAACAUACUUUGUUUUACUAUUUCAUUUACACAGCUUGAAUGCAGUCGUUCAAUUAUUAUAUUUUUAUUGGAGAAAGCACUACAGAGAAUGGUCUGUUUCGGAAUCGACACAAGUACUCAUUCGAGUGGGUGACAUUAGACUCAUGGCUUGAACAAUAUCUCCUGCUUUCUUUAAAUACCUUGAUAAGAUAUGGAGUUCAAAAGGGAGACAACGAAUGUACCCAAUUACCCGUCAUGUUGUUUUCUUCUUCACAUCAGCCCAGUUCUACGAGAUCUCCAUUGGGUUCCUGUGAGUGAGUGCAUUAAUUACAAAAUUAUUUCCCUGGCGUAGAGCUGCAUAGAAGGCUCUGUAACCGGAAUAUCUUAAAGGACUGAUUUAUAAACAUGUAUCCUUAGAGAACCUGCGGUCUUCAACACAGACCUACUGAAAAUUCCCAGUGAUAGCACCAAAAUUAUGGAACAGUUUGUCUCAAUCUUUGAGGGGAAUAGAAAAUGAUAAAAAAUCAUUUAAGAAACAUUUGAAAACGUUUCUGUUUAAAUAGAUUUAAGUAAACUAGAGAGCAGUGAGCAUGCUAAAGUCGCAUGGAUACCAGCGCUAUAUAAAUAUCCAAUCAAACAAUUAGAUGACUGUUCAAUAUUUCAGAUUUUACAUCUCGUCCCUCGGCACAUCAAGAUGCCAAAUCCAUCACUUUCUAGAUUUUUAAGAAUUUCAGAAAUGAUGUCAUCAGCUUUUUAUUUCCAUUUGAGAUAAAAAAAUAUAUUAUCUAUUUACCAUUUCUUUGUUCAUUUUCCCUGUAUGAUACGCUCAUAACAGUGAGUGAAAUGUUAGAAAUGCUUUCGAACAUAUUUCUGAAAUAAAUCGCAGACUUAAUAUCCAUGAUAAGCAUAUCAUUGACGUCUCUUGUCAGAACCUUUAACUAAGUUUAAGCUUACGGUGCAAGAAAAGAUAACGAUGCUUGAGUUAACUUGUUCUCAGCUUUGACCUCAUUAAUGGAUCAACUGUCUCAAUAAAGUUAUCUUUAUUCAAUGAAAGAUUCCUCUUUCUUGUGGCACGGGAGGCCAAAUUCUGCUUGAAAAAACCAGUGUAAUGUCAAGCAAUCUGUGUAUGAUAUCGCACUAAUUUUGUUCCAUCUUUCCAUCAAAUCAAUACUUUCAGCGUCAUUUCAUUUGUACAUCUUAAGUCCUGAUACCAAUAUGUCUCAUUUUUAAUGUGUUCUUCAAAUAUCUUCUGUUUAUAAACUUUUGGCUUCAGCUUCUUCAAAUUCUGAAACCCAAUCACUAACUCGGAAUUUUUAUGUACCAAACAUCUGUGGUAAGUAUGGUAAAAGUACAUUCUCUUAUAAAGAGUGGAUGUAACCCUCUUUUUACACUAGUAUGUUGUCCCCCUUUUGCAAAAUCUUACAGAAACUCUGUUGAUAACCGAUAUACGCCUGCUUCUGCAUCUUUCUUAGUCACAACUCUGAAAAUUUCAAUAAAGAAGCACUUUUCAACUCAAAAAUGAUCUGUAGAAGGCGUAUUCUAGACCCUGGAAGUUGUACUCCUAGCAUUACCAUUACGAACUGAAUGGUCAUAUACUUGAGCCAGCAUCUUCCUUAAUGUAGCACAAUGCUACCAUUCAAAGAGAGGUCCGCUGGGUCGAGCAUAUUAACAAUGUGUGCAACUAGGCAAACAAGACCCUGGGGUUCUUAAGGCGAAAUAUAAAGAUCGGAAACUCAUUUGUCCGGCCGCUUUUAGAUUACACAUCUUCAUUCUGGGACUCAUUUACCCAGAAGAGCAUCGACAGGUUACAGGCGACCCAGUGACGAGCAGCGUGCUUUGUCCUGAACUGCUACAGGAAUACCUCUAGUGUUGGCAUCAUGCUGGAAACACUAGGCUGGUCACCGUUGGAGGAACGACGACGACUAUCCAGGAUCGUCAUUAUGUACAAGUUAAAUGAUGGGCUGGUCCACUGCUCCAGCAUUAAACAGAUACUCGUCUCUCUCCCCCAUAGAAAGUGACGAGGCCAUGACAGGCAGUUCCGGCUUAUAGCAACAAGAAACCAGUAAAGGAGCUGCUCAUUCCUGCUAAAGACAAUCAGGGACUGGAACAAGCUUCCAACCGGAACAGUUGUGGUGAAAACACUAGACACGUUUGCGUCUAUUGCCUCAGUCCCUCCAACCCCCGUUUAAUGAUACCCUCACAAAGUUGCCCUUGCCACCAGUGAAAUAUCCUUUCAACACCAGGCACAGAAACAAUACAAAUCCCCUCUACAUGCAUAGGAGCCAGAUUGCUCAAUAAAUUGAUAUUGUGCUCUUAAGAUAUAGAAGAAGAAGACGAAUUACAAAAAAUGUUGACAUUUAUCUCCUUAAUUUUGACAAAUAAUUUUGACAUUUCAAGUAUAAGUGGCAAGAGUUACUUUAAGUUUUUACUCUGUGCUUUUUCCGAGUCAAUUUCUGUUAUUUUUUCUGAUGUUUGCAAUAGACUGUAUGCUUCAUGCUAAAUCAUUAUGUAGAGCAAGGAUGUCAAGCUCAAUUGAUCGGCGGGCCUAACCUCAAAUCACAUGUAAGGUUGCGGGUCGAACAGGAUAAACAUUCAAUAAGCGGAAAAUUAAUAUUUAAAAAAAAAAAUUAUGUAAAUAAAAUCAAAAAUAAAGUUUAAAUAAUUAAAAAUCAUUGGCAUAACCAUUUUCGUUCUUAUGCCAAUUUGUUAGAGUUGGAUGUUUGGCACAUUUUCUUGGCUACAAAAACAAGUAACGUUCUGUGUCAUUGAGAUUUUCAUGAUGGCCUGCAAGUCUCCAUCAGUGAGACGACUCCUGUUUGAUGUUUUGUUAAUCUUCAUCACGGAAAACAGGUUCUCACACAUAUAUGUCAUGUGCUACCCAAAAUGCUCAAGGUUCGAGCCGCAUGUAGACGAAGCUGGGACAUCUCUUCGGGAAUAAAACGCAUGAACUGUGCAGACCCAAAUGUGUCGUACUUUGGCUUUAGUGUCCCCUUACACUGCAGCUCUAUUAUCUCCAUCUGCAAAUUUACAGGUGCGAUUUCCAUGUCUAUGAAAAAUGUGUUGCGAAACAGCUCGAAAUUAAAUUUCUGUGAUUCAAAGUCACCAAAGCGUCGUUCGAACUCUGCACGUUGUAAGCUACUUUUUCAGCAAAGUGUGCAUUGGGAAACACCAUAGCGUUGACUUGGAUAUAAUUGCACGCCGGUAACACCUUGCGGGCCUGAUAAAAUUGUACUACGGGCUGGAUGUGGUCCGCGGGCCUUGAGUUUGACGCCUGCAAUCUAGAGUGUUAUAACAUUAAUUUUCUCAUAUUUUUUCCAUUAAUUUUUAAACUUUCGGGAAGUCUGGAUGAGGACUUUAAUGUUGAUUUUCUAGUUGGCAUUAAAAGAGAAUACCACCUGUUUGGUCACCUGUAAGUAUUUUCAAACUCUGCCUAAACAACUGCAGCCCAAAAAAACUAGCAGACUACAUGUGUUUUCCAGCUUAGCAAGGGGCGAAAUUACACAACUGAUGUCAUGUAUCUGCACACACAAAAAAGACAAAUUUCGAGCAAAACAUGUGGAUAAAAUUAAGAAUGGUCGUCCAGCAACUAAAUAGAAAAUUUCUUUACAAAAAAAUUAAAUCUGAAAAUUAAAAAUAAAUAAUUAAAUAUGGUUUAAUCAGGUGUUUAGAUCUGUAUUCUGUACUGAGACUUCUGAUGAUCCGGAAGACAAUGAAAUGACGCACAUGAGAUUUGCCGCUGCAUCGGGAGAGGACAAAUUUAAAAGUGGAGGCAAGUAUAACCCACAGUUCUUCAUGUCCUUCAUGUCAUCUGGUUACAACUGUUCUUGCUAAUGUAUAAAUAGAUUGAAAGAAACUCCAAAUUCCGUUCUUGUUUUUGUUUGUUAUUUUGCUUGUUGUUGAAAGUAUAGUUUUGAUUUGCCAAUACAAUGUUGAAUGAUGAAUGUAUAAUAUUUUUUUUUUAUCACACUUCAUCUUUUUUCUUAAAAAAAAAAAUGAAUAUUCAAUGUUCAGGCCUUGAGAAAUGAAUUAUUUGGUUUUAUCAGUGAUGUUUAUUGACCCAAUAUAUUGCGACACUGUCAAAAUUACAAAUACACAUUUAUUAGGAGAUAAAAAAUUUACUUUUGGAUCCGUCACACUGACUGUUAAGUGUGGUGAUAUCACUGAAGAGCGAUGUGAUGCAAUUGUCAAUGGAAUUAAAGAGAACAUGGAUCUAUCUUCCUACGGUAAGUUCCGAUGUCUUAACUCGUCCAAUCAGCUUUGCCUUUAACUCUACUUUUCAUAAUGUAUUUUUAAGAUACUUCCUCUUUAAGAUAGUGUUGUUAAAAAUUAUAAGUUUAACAGCUAAAUUAUGGUUAAAUGAUUAACAGAAUGUACAAAAAAGUACAAGAAUUAAUAAUUUACUGUGUGUAUUUUCACCAUUAGGUGAUCAAUACGCUUAAAAUAUACAGAAGAUAGAUAAGAAAUAAGAAAUUAUAGAAUGUGGACACAUUUAAGUCUGCCAUGGGGGUUUACUCAAGAUCUGUGUAAGAUUUUAGUCAAACAUAACAAUCAUCCUGUAAUAAUCUGAACGUAAUAAAAAAAAUUAGAUAUUUAUGCAGAGCUUUUUCAAUUUGAUUAUAUGGCUUAUUCAUGUGCCGUGGCAUAUCUUUUUCAAUGGUCAGUUUUAAUACAGAAAAGAAACAUGUGUUUGAGAUUUUAAAGUAUUUAUUGUUGUCUACGACAAUGUGAAAAUAACCCGAUUAAAAGCAUAGCAUAAGUAAAAUAUGUGAAUUUUUUGACGUGCCCUGCCAUACAGAUAAUACAUGUGAUAUUUAAUGUAUUACCUAUAAUCACAGAAGGCAGUAAGCAAAUUGAUGAAACAUUGCAAUUAUAAGGAAAUUAAAUAUAAAUAUAGACACCUUUAUAAUUAAUUUUAUUUAUGCUUUUUUAAAUUAAAUAUUAUUAUUAUAAUUUUAAAAUUUCAUAAUGUUUUAAAAUUAUUCAACAAAACUUCAGUAGUCAAUGAAUUUUAUUUUUUUAGUUUUGAAAAAAGUAGAAAAUUUCGUUCUUAGAAAGGAGUGGGAACCAUGAUUCUCAUAGCUGCAUUACUUUAAGUCCAAUGACUUAGAGAUAGAAGUAUCCUAAUGUUAUGGAUAAAUAAGCUGCAGAAAAGUUGAAGUUCAAUACCAGUCAGCGUACGGUUAUGACUCCAGGAUUUUCAAUAGAGAUUUGUCGUUACAAGCAGUUCCAUUGGUCUCUCAAAACACAUCCAUGCUUCGCAAAUAUAGAAAGGUUUGUGGGGAGUUCCCUUGACUUUGGCUUGACCUUGAAAUGAACUCUGGGACUGGCCUAAAGACUUAUUUAUUUUUUCCAUUUAAAGUUACAAUAAAAACAUUUUCAGGUGCUGUUUGUAAAUCCAUUCUCGAAAAAUGUGGACCAUCCUUUCAAGAGGAAUGCAUUUCUAAGAGUAAGUUUGCCAUUCAUCUUAAAUUCAUUUAGUUAUUGCACAAAACGUAACCAUGCUUUUGACUUUACUGAUUGUUUCUAAUACUCAUGAAAAAAAAACAAAAUUUUUCAGCUCUGAAAUUGCAUUUAUAUAUGGUAUAAUAUAGAUUUUUAAAUUUCUCUUUUAAUAUGGUUGACUUUGUACCGCUCUUUGGGCCUUUGGGGAUGAAGCGUGCUUUUUAUAUAAACUUUAUUAUAAUAUAUAUUAAAUAUAUUGCAUUUAAAAUAGACACGUUUUAAAAUAAACACAUUACUUUAAAUAUCGCUGCUCAGUGCAAGACAUUAGAAGAGUAGGCGUAACCAUGACUUCAGGAGGAAAACUCCCAUGCAGAAAAUUGAUCCAUCUCAACAUGGAUAAAUUUGCAAAUAACUUGGACACUGGCUUGUACCAAGUUCUACAACUCGCUGAGUUAAACAGAUGCCGAUCUCUUGCAGUUCCUGCCCUUGGAACUGGUAGGUGUAUUAAGAUAAAUAUUAGGGAAAAAAAUUCUUAUAAAAAAGCAAAAAUAGUUUUAUUAACUUUUAUAAAUUCUUUCAUACUUGAAAUCAUUUGAGUUUUGAAGUUCCUGCCCUUUGAAAUGGUAGGUGUAUUAAGAUAAAUAUUAGGGAAAAAAAUUUUUAUAAAAAAACAAAAAUAGUUUUAUUAACUUUUAUAAAUUCUUUCAUACUUGAAAUCAUUUGAGUUUUGCCCCCCCCCCCCCACUUUUUUUCUCUCCACUUUUCGGUUUUUGUUAUUUAACUAUUCAAUGAAAUUUGCAAUACUUUCUCUUUUACAAAUUUGGGCCCCUUAAAUAUGUGAGACCCCAUGCAGCCAUAGGGGUUGAAGGCCCAGACCACAGCUCUGUUUGCAUUGAAUAACAUGCAUGCAUAUUUCAAAUAGGCCGGCAUCCAGUAGAGUAGAAAACCUUUUUUUAAAAUUAUAAAUUUAGUGUUUAAAUAUUGUGAGUAAAUCCUUUUAAUUGUCUAAAAUAGAAGUGAAAUUACCCCACACACACACACAACUUAAAAAAAAAACAACAACAACAAAACCCACAAACUGACAAAUUCUAAUAUCUAAUAUAUAUAUAUAUUAUAUACAUUUUUUUUACACAUUUUCAGUUUCUAUUCACUAUUGAUUAUGUUUAUCCGUAAGCGAUUACGUCAGACCAACUUCUGAAAUUACAUUUAAGUCAUUUAGAUAAUCAAAAGUGUUCUUAUUGAUAAUUUUAAAAAAAAAAUAUAUUAUGCAGUCACACUUAUAAAACAAAGUCUUUUCUUUAAUUUUAAAUUGUAUGCACUAAUCACAAAUAGAGACCAGCAAUAUGUUUUAUCACAUUUACAGGCAGGAAAGGAGCUGACAUACAUAAAAUAAAACGGAUGAUCUAUGAAGCGAUAGAGAAAUUCGGAGCAGCUGACCGUAUCUUAUCAGACAUCAGAUUGGUUGUUUACAAACGGAACAUGGUAUCUGAUUUUAUAGUGGAAAGUCCAAAAGAGGAAG